AUGUCGAUACUACGUUUAACAGCUGAUCAAGUUCGACGAUGUUUACAUGGUGUUGGUUAUGAAAUAUUUGUUCAAUCAUUUUUUGAUUCAAAUGGUGAUGGUAUUGGAGAUUUAAAUGGACUUCGUCAAAAAUUAGAUUAUCUUUCAGAUUUAGGUAUAACAUUAAUAUGGCUUAUGCCUAUUCAUCCAGCUAAAACAUAUCAUAAAUAUGAUGUUGAAGAUUAUAUGAAUAUUCAUUCUGAUUAUGGGACAAUCGAAGAUUUUCGUCAUUUAAUUAAUGAAUGUCAUCAACGAGGUAUACUUGUUAUUCUUGAUCUUGUUGCUAAUCAUACAAGUUAUGAUCAUCCAUGGUUUCAACAAGCACAAUUAAAUUCAACAAAUUCAUAUCGAGAUUAUUACAUAUGGAAAGAUAGUGAACGUGUACAACAAUUAGGUUUAAAUGCUUUUAAUACACCAGAUAUGAAUGCAGCUGGUCUAUGGCAUAAAGUUGGACCGGAAAGUGAACAUUUCGAUUGGGAAGAAUUUGAAAAGAAAUCAAAAAUUCGUAUUGAUGUUGAUAAAGAUGAUCGAAUAACAUCGAAAUUAGCACUUUCACAUGAUGAAGAACAAUCAACAAAUAAAAGAAAAAUCGAAAAAUUAACAACAAAUAUAUAUUAUGCUAUAUUUGAUCCUCGUAUGCCUGAUUUAAAUUAUGAUUGUGAACGUGUUCAAGAUGAAAUAUGUCGUAUUGGUCGAACAUGGCUUGAACUUGGUGUUGAUGGUUUUCGUCUUGAUGCUGCAAAAUAUUUUUAUAAACCACCUCGUUUAAAAUCGAAUAUUUCCUGGUGGACAAAAUUUCGUAAUGAAAUGUUACGUAUUAAUCCUUCGGUUUAUUUAAUUGGUGAAGUAUGGGAUUUAUCAAUACGAAUAGCACCCUAUCUUCGUUCACUUGAUUCGGUAUUUAAUUUUGAAUUAGCUGAUAUAUUUAUAUCAUGUAUAUUAAAUGAAGGUAAUUGUUCAUCAAUGUUAAAUUCAUAUAUUCGUAUAAUAAAUAAUUAUAAGAAAGAAAAUCAUGGAGAAAUUAUUGAUGCUAUUUUUCUAUCAAAUCAUGAUCAAAAUCGUGUUAUGUCAGUAUUUAAUAAUAAUGUAUCAAAAGCUAAAAUGGCUGCUGCAUUACUUUUAACUUUACCCGGUCUUCCUUUUAUAUAUUACGGUGAAGAAAUUGGUAUGUUAGGAAUGAAACCACAUGAUAAAUAUCGUCGAGAACCUUUUCUUUGGUCAGCAAAUCAAACACAAGGACAAACAACAUGGCUUGAACCAUUAUAUACAACAAUUAGUAAUGGUUGUAUUCCUCUUGAUCAACAACUUAAGGAUUCAAAUUCAUUAGUUAAUCAUUAUAAAAAAUUAAUUCAUAUUCGUUGUCAAUCUGACAUACUUCUUUUUGGUUUAUUAAAACCUAUUCCAACACGUAUUCGUUGUUUAUGUCUUUUCGAACGAGAAUAUAAUAAUAAAUCGAUAUUUAUUGCUCAUAAUAUUGGAUAUCGAAUGCAACAAAUUUCUAUACCUAAAAUUUAUUGUCAUAUUAUUUAUUCAACAAAUGAUAAUAAUCAACUAAUAACCAAAGGACAACUUAAUUUACAAGGUUUUUCAUCGAUUAUUAUUGAUUCGAAAUAA